UACAACACCCAGCCCAAACCAAAAUCUUUCUUUAGGGUUUCUGCUCAAUCUUAUAUAUCUCAAGCCAAAACCCCUAAAACAAAUUUUGCACCGCCACACACUCAGCGAGAGGGAGAGAGCGAGGUAGAGAGAAAUGGUGACUUACAAGUUUCAUCAGUAUCAGGUGGUGGGGAGAGCUUUGCCAUCGGAGAAAGAUGAGGCUCCCAAGAUUUAUCGGAUGAAGCUCUGGGCAACUAAUGAAGUUCGCGCUAAGUCUAAGUUCUGGUACUUUUUGAGGAAGCUGAAGAAGGUGAAGAAGAGUAAUGGUCAGAUGCUUGCUAUUAACGAGAUUUUCGAAAAAAAUCCUACAACAAUCAAGAACUAUGGCAUUUGGUUGAGGUACCAGAGUCGGACUGGAUACCAUAACAUGUACAAAGAGUACCGUGACACUACCCUGAAUGGUGGUAUUGAGCAGAUGUACACGGAAAUGGGUUCUCGCCACAGAGUUCGCAAUCACUGCAUUCAAAUCAUCAAGACGGCUACUAUUCCUGCCAAACUCUGCAAAAGAGAAAGUACCAAGCAGUUCCACAACUCAAAAAUCAAGUUCCCAUUGGUCUCCAAGAAGGUUAGGCCACCGACCAGAAAGCUAAAGACCACAUACAAGGCAUCCAAACCCAAUCUGUUUGUGUAAUUUCUUUUUAAAGUACAAGAUAUUUUCAGGAUACAAUUUUGUUGCCUGUAGUGGCUUAGCUUUUUCUGUAUUUGAUAUUCGGAUAUACUUUCAGUUUGGCAUAAUGGCCUGGAAAUGGAUCAGACAGAACUCUUGCUGUUUUAUUAAGUUUCACUUGGUCA